UUGCCUCCUCUGUGAUGGAGUGGGACUACAUCUCAUCAUGUAAUUAUUUUAAAUUAACAUCUAAAUGUGUUUUAAUAUACGUAGAUACUUUUUAACAAAAUGUAACUGUAAUUGCAAUCUAAGCAGUCCCACCACGCAAAAGGCACCUGCUAGUAAAUGUUCGUGGAACUGAUAACAGCGUCAGUUCGGUUUCCUUCCGGGUCGAUUUACUGUUACACGCGCGCCGGGAUCAGCUGUGAUUAACUGCCCCAUUUCUACACGAAUCACGAUUAAUCUGGGUAUUUUUCCCAUGACUGACGUGUUCGAGUAUAUGGCGUUGAACUGUAAAUAAAAACUUUUUAAAAAAAAAGUUUCUGUAAAAGUGACUGUUAAGCGGAGAUGUUUAUGGCAGUCAUUUACCAACUCGUGUAAGUUCAGUGGAAAUCAUCAGAGCGGAGUCAGAGUCAGUCCACAGGAAAUCCCUGUGUAAUAUUACACGUGUCCAAGAUUUGUGUUCUGUCGUGAUACUGGAGGUGAAAGAUGCCUGCCGCUCGUAAGAAGGCUGAGAGCAGAAAGGAGCGAGAGAAACUGAUAGCCAAUAAAGAAGUGGUUGAUGUGGCCAAACACCCAUGCAAUGUAACCAUGGGGGCCGUGUGUGACUUCUGUGAGGCCUGGGUUUGUCAUGGAAAGAAGUGCUCGAGUACCCAUGCCUGCUCCUGCCCUCUUUCUGACGCAGACUGCAUCGAGUGAGAAACAUGAGUUAUGUAAUCACAUGCAUAACAAAAUAUCAAUUUGCACAGUUGCUCUUUGUUUUAUACUACAGUUCCCAGAAGAACAUUUCAAUAAACGGUGGUCGCUCUUUUUGCCACAACUUCCUGUGUGAGGAUGAUCAGUUUGCUGUCAGGUCCUGGAAGCAGAGACGUAUAAAUGUUUAUCUUGUGAUCGUCUCGGUCAGCAUUCUUGUCUCAAGGCAUGUUUCUGUGAGGAUCACGCUCGAAGUGUUCAAGCAGGAGAAAGGCAAGGCUCCUCCGUGCACAAAGUGUGGACACAAAACUCAGGAGACCAAAGACCUCAGCAUGUCCACCAGAACACAUAAAUUUGGUCGGCAGAGUGGUGCAUCUGGAUACAGCUCCUACUGGAAGAAUCUGGAAUCUGGUGGGGGACAAAAAGAUGAGGAGGGCGAUGACUUUGACGAUGAUGAAGAGGAUGAUGAGGAGGAGGAAGACGACCAUGAGGUGGAGGACGCGCUCUCAAAUCUGAGUUUGGAAGCAAGUGGAAAGACUCAAUAAAACAGACUCAAUACGUAGAUGGGAUCCAGAAAUUCAGAUAAAGGUGUCACCCUGAGAAUGUGAGCUUUACCACCGUGUCCGAUAUUUGGCCUUUUACUUAAGGUUUUCUGAGUUGCACUGAUACGAAUGUGUGCAUAAAUGUCUGACGUUGUCGCCUUUUUGAAUUUCAAAUAUAUCUGAAGAAAUGUUUUUAAAA